GCUCGAAGGACUGCGGCAACAUCAUGCUUCGUCGACCGCUUCUAUGGACGGGGAUCCUGAGAACCCCGAGUCCGCGUUUUCUACGCUAUGCCUCCUCCGUACCCCCAUUGAUUCGCAUUGACAAGGGGACUUUCUACCAGCGCUAUCCCACCCCCGAUGACGCCGCUACGGGCCAGAACCCGCCUCUGUUUCCGAACCUCAAUUUCGUCCUGCCAGCUAAGCCAGAGGGUGCUUCCACAGAGAACAAAGACGAGUCGCAGCAGAAUUGGGCUGUGAUUGGUUCGUCUGGGCGAACGAGUUUUCUCGACGUCUUCCGCGGCCAGUAUAUCUGCGAACCCCCCACCGCCCGCAGCUAUCCGUUCCUCCUUACAGAUGAGAUUGCCGAGAAGGAUCCGCGGUUACGGUUUGUCGGGAAUGCUGUGCAGUAUAUUGGGUUCAGUGGUGAGGGUUCUGGGGCUAUUGGUGGUACGCGCGGUGCCUACUUAAGUGCGAGAUAUGAGAGUCACCGGGAAGAAACGGAUUGGACUGUUGGACAAUAUCUCAAGGGACAGACAGAGUUGAAUCCAUUAGAAGGUUUUGAAGAUGGGAAGGUCAAGGACAAGGAGCUAUUGAAUCAGGUUAUUUCCGAUCUGCGACUGAAGGAGCUGCUUGACAUGCCGGUAGCAAACCUUAGCAAUGGCCAGACAAGACGUGCGCGGAUUGCAAAGGCGUUGCUUAGCAAGCCAGAACUGCUGUUACUGGAUGAUCCUUUCAUGGGACUCGAUCCGGCCACCGUCCGGGGUAUCUCCGGUUUCCUCCAUAAAUUGGCAGCCAAAAGCUCACCCCGAUUGAUUCUUGCUCUACGCCCACAAGAUACCGUCCCGAAUUGGAUCACACAUGUAGUUAUUCUCGGAAACAACAACCGAGUUCUUUUACAAGGAUCCAGGGCGGAAGUUGACCAGGCUUUAGGGGUGUGGGCACACUUACCCACUAAGAGUCAGACUGGUCUUCAUCCGGAGGAUAAGAAGAUAUAUGCAAGGGCAGCGGAUGAUAUGGAGAAGGGAUUUUUGGAUAAGCAGUUGCUCUGGGAUCUGAACCUGUUCAAACCAAAAGCGGGCAAGACGGUGCCCGUGGCUGCGCAGGGAGGAGAGCCGCUGAUCGAGAUGGAUGGCGUGCGCGUGCAGUACGGUGACAAGGUGGUUCUUGGUAACUGGGAACAGGACAUCGACGGAAAGAAACAAGGGGGGCUACACUGGACAGUCCGUCGUGGUCAGCGCUGGGUGGUGCUUGGAGCAAACGGCUCAGGCAAGACCACUCUGCUCUCGAUGAUCACAUCAGACCACCCACAAGCAUAUGCCAUGCCACUGAAACUAUUCGGACGAUCCCGUCUCCCCGAGCCCGGUAAACCAGGGAUCUCACUAUUCGAGCUCCAAUCCCGCAUGGGCCACUCCUCCCCCGAAAUCCAUGCCUUCUUCCCUCGCCAACUGACCCUCCGCCAAUCCGUUGAGUCCGCCUUCGCAGAUACCUUCCUCUCAAAACCCAAACUAAACCAUGACCGCGACCUUGACGUCAGCGCCGCCCUCCGCUUCUUUAAAGCCGAACUCGACCCCGACGCCGCAUGUAUCAAAGAAAACCCUCCUAGCAUCGAGAGCAAAUCCGGCGAAGCCUUCCCGGACAUCGGCCUCUCCCACCGAAUGCAAAAACAACCCUACUUCCCAACAGACUACGAUGUCGAUUACGCUGACACCGUCACCUUCGGACAACUCAGCACCGCCCAGCAACGCGUCGUCCUCUUCAUUCGCGCGCUUAUCCAUAAACCAGAUAUCAUCAUCCUCGACGAGGCACUGUCCAGCAUGCCAGCCUCCACACGAGACAAGUGCAUCACCUUCCUCGAGACUGGUGAAGUUAUCCCCCAACAUUUCAUUCCACCGCCCAGCACCCGCCGCCCCAAGAACGAACAACUCCCCAUCAAGGGCUUUAACUCUGACCCCGCGACAAUCCGCCACACAGGUAUCUCAGAUAACCAAGCACUGAUCAUGAUCAGCCACGUCAAGGAGGAAAUCCCCGAUACUAUACGACACUAUAUGCGUCUCCCGUCAGACCCGGGCGACGGCGCGGAACCGUUGGAUUUUAGACUCGGUGUGCUGGAGAACGAUUGGGUUAUGAGUGACUCGCCGAUUUGGGAAAGGGUGUGGUCACCGCCGUCGGAAUUCGCGAAGCCGUUCAAGGCUGUUAAGGCGAGGGCCGUGGAGCCGGAGGAGAAGGGGAGGAAACAGAGGAGGAGUAAGGCGGAGAUGAUAGCGGAGAGGGCGAAGACUGGGGAGGCUACGGAAGAGCCAGAAGAACAGGCCGAGUCUGAAGAGCCAGAGGUGAAUCCUACUCGAGGGAGGAAGAAGACAGAGCAGCCAGAUGAACCGGAGCAGAAACCCGCUCGUGGACGCAAGAAGAUAGUAGAAGAGCAGCUGGAGGAGCCCGAGCAGAAGCCUUCUCGUCGCGGACGGCCAAGGAAGACAAAGGAACCUACAGAGCCUACUACUAAAGGUCGUGGGCGACCAAAGAAAGCAAACUAAGAUGUACAAUUUAGAUUUGUAUAUACGCUGUACUUAUGUGAAUCACAGAAUAUGAAUGCUCCAUGUGCAACAGUUAAAAUGAAAUUAUUCCACUACUCUAAAAAGAAGGCUGCUCCGCAGCAGCCCUGGCCAGCCCCGAAAUCAACGACUCCGACCUCGUCAUCUCCGGCC